AUUGAAAAACAAUGUCAGUUGACCACACGUUUAAAAAUAGAUGCCGUUUGUGUUUCCAUGAAUAACCUUUAAUAAUCCAUGGAACAUUUCCAUUGCACAAAAGUAUAUAUAUAUUUAUAUAUAGACAUCUCAAAUUUUAUCCAUUACAAAAUUAUUUGCAGAAAUUCUUUAGUAAACAAUAUAUUCUGUAUGUAAAACCCAUUAUUUUAUGCCUGACAAGGUUGCCUUUACAAGAACAACAUUAUUUUCCCAGAGCCAAAUAUAAGAAAAAAAUAAAUAUGACGAAAGACAAGGAACAGACAAAAAAAAAAAAAAGGAUCCUCAUUCAAUGUCACUUCUUUGAAACAGAGUUCUGUGAAUGUCUAGUCAAUGAACGUCUCUCUCCGUCAAUAUAUAAUGAGACAUAGACAAUUCAGUUCAGUACACACUUCAGUACACACAAACCAGACUCAUAGAUCACUAAGGGCUGAAGCGUGUGAGCAGAUACUGCUGAAGAAUGAGGAAUCUGAUGUCUCUGCUGCUCCUGCUGCUCUUCUGCUCUAUUCAGCUGACUUCAAGUGGUCCUAUAGCACUUGAAGCACUACCAACAUGCUGUUUCGAGUUCUCGGAUAGCAAAAUUCCUCUGAAACGAGUGGUGUCUUAUUACAGAACCAGCAGCAGCUGUCCCACACAAGCUAUUGUGUUUCGGACUGUUAUUGGAAGGGAAAUCUGUGUACAUCCAACAACGCCAUGGGUGAAAGACCAUAUUGCUGAAGUGAACAAGAGAACCAGAACAACAACUACAGCAAAGACGCCGAGCACUACAGUCUAAAUAUAUUGUUUGGUAUUUAAAUGGAUAAAAAUGUUCAUACUUACUGUUCUAUUAUUUCUUUACAGAGAUUAUUUAUAAUGCUUUUUAUUACUUUAGAAUAAAUUGUAUUAAUAUUUAUUUUGUUUAAAUCAUCUUACAUUGUACACCAGCUGCAUUAAAACCGUUUUCUCUAUUUAUACAAAUGAGAAGUUGGAUUGUAGUGUUUUGUGGACAUUAAAAUGACUUUUUAAUAAUAAAAG